CUUCGAUUAGUACAGUUCCCUGCAGAACAUGGCAUAAUUGAAUAAUUAAAUAACUGAAUAAGUAGUUUUUGAAGUUUGAUUAAACUUUAAAUUUCAGUAAUUCAAUAAUCAUUAUGGCUAUCAUAGUUAAUCAGUUUUCAUUUAUCAGUUUUGUUGCAAACAAAAUGGCAUAUUUAUAGUACCUUAUAGUAUCGCGUGAUUCAUCCAUUAGUCAUGAGCAUAGAUAACUAUGAAUCAUGACUCAUGAUAAUAAUUAAUGUUGACUUGUACUUUGUUAUGUUGGUGGUUUGUCUAUGACCAUACUGCUGGCAGCUGGCUGUACCUAUCAUUUUUAUAAUUUUAUGUCUUCGUAACUGAUAAACAUUAACAACGUAAUAUUCAUAUUUUUUAAUUUUUGCUCGUUACAUACUUAAAGUAUUAAACAAGAAGUCCUGUAAGUCUGUGAAUCGCUAUCUCGUUAAAUUACUCACCUACCUAUUGAUUACAACUCUCUUCAUUUUAUUUGAAGAACUACACUUACUCCACGGAUCACGAAAUGGCGCAAGCUCCGUUUCUCAACCCUGUAAAUAUUUUUUCAAACGUUAGACGGUAUUUCUAUUUUACAUUAAUCAUAUAACGACUAUGUUUGUUUAGGUUAUUCCGUUCGUCGGACCAAUACAAAAUGGUUUGAAACCAGGUAUGUUGAUAAACGUACAGGGAACUUCGUUUCCAACGUCGAACAGGUAAAUAUUGCAAUAAAAACCCUUUUGUAAUGAUUUGUGAGAUUAGACUUGGUAAUAUUUUAUUUAGGAUCUGUUUCAAUUUGCAAGUUGGCCCAAAUGUCGCUCCUCGAGAUUCUGUUGCACUGCACGUUGCUUUAGAUUUCACCCGUAAUCUGAUUGUCAGGAACAGUAUUCAAGGACAUAACUGGGGACUGGAGGAAACUCAUGGUCCUCCUAUAGCUCUAAUUAGAGGUCAGCCGUUCAAAUUAGAUAUAUUGUGUGAUGCGUACGAAUAUAGAGUAAGUUAGAUCAUGUUAUUGAAGUAUAAAUUGUCUAUCAAAAAUAAUGUGCUAGAUUGCAUUUAAUGGAGCCCAUUAUACGGAAAUGAAGCACAGAAUACCAUUUUCAAGUGUGUUCUAUUUAGCAAUUGAUGGAGAAGCACAAUUGCAUAGUAUCCAUAUAAAUUUUGAUGGAAGCGGACCACCACUUGGUGGUCCGACAAUGCCAUUACCUGGGCAUCCUGGUAUCCAUGCACAUUGUUAUAUGCCGUCAGCUGGUCACACACAUAUGCCUGGAGUUCCACCUGGAUCUGUUCCACCAUACAGUUCUGGAUACAAUGCCUAUCCCGGUCAAACACUUAAUUCGCCCUAUUUACAGGUAAAAUGAAAAUAUUUAAAAACAAAUUGUAUAUAUAAGUUACAUAAUUAAAUUCUUUUAAAUUCAAGUGUUAUAAUUAUCUGAAGAAUUUUAAGUUUAAAUGCAUAUUAGUUUCCUCUUACAUUUUGUGUGAUUAAUGUGUUUACUUCAAUGAAUAUUUGAAAUUUACCUAUCUCAUAAAUAUUUUGGUUGUGAUGUCAUACGCAUCUAUAAAAAUAAACAAUUUACUAGGAAUGUAAAAAUCAAAAAGCAUUAAGAGGCACCAAAUAAAAUUCAUAAAUAUGUACAAUACACUUUCAUUUAAUACAAUAAGAUAAAAUUAAUUUAUAGAAAACUAAAGGAUGUACAACAAAUUGUUGCUUUUUACAUAUCACCUUAAUGAUAUCCUUUUAAUGUUUUAUUAGGCCAUUUUUAUUGGAAAAUUAUUUAUGAUGAAAAAACUUUCAGUCAUUAAUUGUCCGUACUUAUAUUUCUAUACUGAUCCCUAGUGUUUUACACAAAAAAUUACAGGAUAAAACAAUUAAAAUAGCUUGCAAGUUAUCAUUAAUAUUCAUCACUUAUAUUAGAAAUAAUUUAAAUAUUUCCUUAUAAUUUACUUGUGAGUACUUUUAUUUCUAUGUGUCUGCCAUUUAACAAAUUAUAAUGUAUAGUAUUAUAACUUACUUAAAAUGUAUUAUAAAAAUAUAUUUAUUAUUUUAUUACCAAAAUAUAAUUUUUAUAAAUAAAAUAAAACUUUUUAUUUCAAACACAGUAAAACCUCAUUAAGAUGCUUCCGCAUAAUACAUAGAUUUUUCCCAGUCCCGGGUCCCGGGUACCUGUAGAUUUUAAUAUUAAAAAAACACCUUUAACACCUUUUUAAUAUAUAAUCUCGCAUAAUACACAGUUUUACGAUUUCCACUUCGAGAGGAUCUUAACGAGGUUUUACUGUAUUAUUAUUUUUAUACAUAUAUAAAAAAAAAAUAGUAAUACAAUUAUUAUUUUUAUUUCAGAAACAUAAAUCCACACCAAUUAAAGAUGCUCUCAAUCAAGGACUAACUAAUUAUGCAUUGACUGGACAUAUAAGCCCUGUAAGUUUUUAGAAUUAUUAUACAAUAAUACAGUAGGUAAGAUAUCUAUUAUUAUAAAUUAUGAUUUUAACACUGGAAGGAAUCCCAGCUUGAAGUAAUAAAACUUCUUUGCAUACUUCACAUUAAAUGUUUUAAUUUCCAUUUUUGCAGGAUAAUUGUAAAUUUAUCAAAUGUCCUGGAAAUGUCCUUUUUUGUUCAUAUUUUCUUUUGAAACAAGAUUAAAAUGAAUAAAACAAGAAUUUUGAUAGUGUAGUCAUAGAAUUUAUUAAAAUUAGAAUAUUACCUAGAUAAAAUUUGAGUGAAUCUAGUAAACAAUAAAGAGUCUGUGUUUAGACCACAGAUUAUGACAUGAUGCGGCCAACUCCUAUUUUAACCUGUGUAAUUUUACGGCAAAUGGUCCAACCUCUCUGUAGCCUAAACUAAUAGCCUAAUUGUUUUGAAAUUUACACGGGUUGAUUAGUAUGUUAUGUAGAUGAUACUUUUGUAAAUGUCAAGUUUAUCAGAUGAUUACAGCCUGAGUAAUAUGCAAAAAGUAAUAGUAUAGUUUUUACUCAAAACACCAUUUUUUUUAACAAUUCAACAAUGUAUAUGUUGUACACAUUGUUAUCGUCUGUUUAUGACAAAUAAAAAACAAUUUUGUUUAUUUAUUUUAUCGCUGUAUUACUAUAGUAUCGUUUUCUAGCAAUAUUCAUAAGCUAUAUUCAUAGUUACAUCAUAUAUUCAUUUACUCAAUCCGUAAAACAACAAAGAUAUUUUGCCCUUGCAAUUUUUCCCCUAAACAAAAAUAUAGAUUAAUUAUAUCCAAAAUUUUAAUUUUUCAAAAUUUCAAAAAAUUAGUGAUAUCCCAACAAACACCCUUCAUUAGUUAUGUGUAAAAACUUCGAUAAGAAAAAAAAAAACUGAAGUUGUGAUAUCAAAAAUAGGCUAAUUAAUUACUAAUUUCUUAAAUUCAUUAGCAUAGAAAUUGUAUGAAAAACGAUAAUUUAGUACAAAUAAUUUAACUUAGCUUGGUGGCUAUUCAUAGUAUGUACUUAAAUUGUGUUAUGGUAAUAUUCAUUAAUUAUAAAAUGGGGAUGUAAAUAUUCAUGUUAGCAUUGUAUUUUUAUUUAUAUUCUUAAAUAUUACUAGCUGCCAAACUAAGUUAAAUUAUUUCUAUUAAAUCAUCGCACUUCAUGAAAUACAAACAAUUUAAACAAUUUCUAUACUAAUGAACUUAAGUAAUAACUUAGCCCCUUUUUGAUAUAAUGACUUUUCUAACUUGUUUUUUUUUUCUUAGUGAGGUUUUUACAUGUAGUUACGGAAAGUUUUUGUUGAGAUAUCAUUUAUUUUUUUAUCAAAUAAUGUUUUUUUUUAGGUAAACAGACUUAAAAUAUAGAAAAUAAAAUAAAUUUAAAUUUGACCAUAAUUCUUUUAAAAAAAUUCAAAAUAGCUAUUUUGUAAAAUAGAUUUUGAGAACAUUUUUUGUGGUUGAAACUUUUGUUUAGCUAUGGUCUUUUGUUUUCUUUAAUUUUUUAAAGUUUUUGCAAAUUUCAAUCAAUAUUAUUGUGGUUUAUAAUCUAUUAUAAUAUUUAAUCAGUUGUCAGAGCACUUCAAAUAACAAUUUGUUUUAUUAAUUAAUAUUAUCAUAUAAUAAUAGCUUUAAAUAAAUAAUAGAUUAUAAUAUUCAGAUAUGGAAAUAAUUUUAGAAAACAAGGACCACAUACCUAAACAAAAGUUUCAACCACUAAAAAUUUAUAAAAUUACUAUUUUGAAUGUUUUUAACACAAUUAUAGUACAAUUUUAAUAUGUUAACUGUAGGGUAGAAGCAAACUAAUUAUUUAAAAACAUACUUUGCAUGGUAGGUAAGCCACUGUUGCAGGUGUGAAGUUGGGAAGGUAGAGGGGAAAUUUUAUGUUUAUCUGUAUGUAAUGAAUAACCAUUGCUAACAAAAAACGAUUCUGAGCUGAGUUCAGUCAUAUAUGUUUUGAAAGGCCGUAAUAUUUAUGUUUUGAAAAUAAUAAAUUUUGUACAUUUUGAUGUUUUAUCCCACUUAUUAUAUAAACCCCUGGGAAAAUUAAAAAAUUUAAUUUCUUAAAGUAACACCUGAGUCAGAUUUCCUUUAAGAAAAGGUGUUAUACUUAAAAAUUUGGGCAGCAUUGCUGGUAGAAAAGUUGUUCUCAGAAAAAAAAGACAUCAUUGUAAAACCAAUACAUACCUCGCUCCACUCAGAAUCUAAAAUGGAAAAAUGGUAUAUGCUUGGUAAUAAUUGGUACAUAAUUUCAUAAAAAUUGAGUUCUGUAGUAUUAUACAGACCAAAGCUAUAAGGGUUCAAUAUUUUUUUUUUUGGGAGGAGAAAAGGUGGAUAGAGUACUGUAGGUACUGUAGCUCAGCUUGACUUGGUGGAGACACUAUCGUGUCACCGGGUAUUACAAUUACUGUGAUCUUUUAAUAAAAGAAAUUAAUAAUAUUUUUUAAUGUUUAGCGAAAGGCUGCAAAAGCUCAAAGAAAACAAGCCAAAAAGGCAUUGAAAUAUGGUGUACCCAUAGCUGGAAUUGCUGGAGUUGGUGCAGGAGCUUAUGCUGUGCACAAAGCACAUAAGCAUAAAGAAUUUAAACACAAGAAACACGGAUCAAGUAGUAGUAGCAGUAGCAGUAGCAGUAGCAGUAGUAGCAGCAGCGAUUGAAUAUAUAUCAUGAUUUUAUUGCAUCAUACCUGUUAAGUAUUAAUAAAUAAUCAGCUGAUUGUUUAUGGUAUUUAUAAUUUGUCUGUUAAAAGCGUAAAAGGUUAUAAAUAUUGAAUGUCUUAUAAAUACUUUAUGUGAUAAUAUUGUUUUCCAUUAUUGUUAUUGUUAUAUAUUUAUGAUACAAUUCAAAAUGUGUUGCUAAACAAAUGUUAACAAAAUUAAUUUUGCAAUCUUACAUAUUUAAUAGUAACAUUUUUGUUGAUACUACUAAUUACAAUUUAAAUUAUUUUAGUCGCUUGUGUACUGUAUAUUUGUCUUUAUAUAUUUUAUAAGUGGAUGGAUGUUUUAACAUUAAUAAAAAAUGCAUUAUUAUGUAUCAAUGAAAUUCCAGUAACACACUACCUAUCCAUCCAAUUUCUUUUGAAUUUUUUACACUUGCAGAUUUUAACAAGUAAUAAAAGUUUAAUGUGAAUAAAGUUUAUUUAAAAAAAAAAUAUAUAUAUAUUUUUAAAUAAUUAGUUUUAGUUCAAAUUAAGUUGUACUACAUGGAAAAAGUUGAGAUAUUAAAUCAUCAUAUUUGAAAUUCGAAAGGUAUUUCAAUAGGACAAUAUUUUCAAAAUUAAAAUAUGUAUGUUUUAAAUAGAUUAAGAAAUUGUUUACCUCAAUAUAAAUUGGAAAUAUUUUUGAUUCGUUGAAAAAGAUAAGUAUCCUAGUUAAAUAAAUUGACUAAAAAGAAUUCUUAAAUGACAGAUGUGUUAAAUAUGAAAUUUUCCUAUUUAUUUAUUGUUAUUAUGAUUAAAUACAUUUUUUUGUUAUAAAUAUUUGUAUUACACAAUUUAUAAACAAUGUAUACAAUAAAUAAAUGAAAAUGAAAAAUAUCAUGUGUCAAUUGAUAUGAAUUUAAUAUGAAACUACUUCAACAAAAAUUAUGUUCUCGUGCACAGUCCUCUAUGUAUGUCGGUGGUUAUGAUAAAGUAGCUAGGUAUGAUAUCAAAAUCGUACUUUGGACGAGAUCGCAAACUCUGUAUUAAGUACCUACAACAUAUUAUAUAUAAGAACAAAAUA